AUGCUAUCACAAGCUACUCGUGACUUGGUCAAGGCCACCAUCCCAGCUUUGGAGGAACGUGGUGCUGAGAUCACCAGAUGUUUCUACGGGAUGAUGUUGACUGAGCACACUGAACUGCUAAACAUCUUCAACAAGACCAACCAGAAGAAGGGCGCCCAACCAACCGCUCUGGCUACCACCGUCUUGGCCGCCGCUAAGAACAUCGACGACUUGACUCCUCUGCUCGGUCACGUGAGACAGAUCGGUUUCAAGCACCGUGCCCUACAGAUCAAGCCAGAACACUACCCAAUCGUCGGUGAGUACCUCCUAAAGGCUAUCAAGAAGACUUUGGGGGACGCUGCUACUCCAGAGAUCAUCUCCGCUUGGGGGGAGGCCUACGGCGCCAUCGCUGACGUUUUCAUCCAGGUCGAAAAGGAAAUGUACGACGCUGAAGCGUGGCCAGAUUGGAAACCAUUCACCGUCGUGGCCAAAGAAUUGGUCGCUAAGGAUAUCUAUGAGUUCACCGCUGCCCCAGUCGACGGGUCCGGUGUCGACCUGAGCAAAGUGCCCAUCGUCGCCGGCCAGUACAUCACGGUCAACACGCACCCAACUAGAGACAACAACCAGUACGAUGCUCUACGUCACUACUCCAUCUGCUCUGUCAACACUGACAAGGGUAUCAAGUUUGCCUGCAAGCUAGAGACCUCCGUCAACAACCCUCCAGGUCUUGUCUCCGAGUUCUUGCACAACGAAGUCCAAGUGGGCGACCAAAUCAAGUUGAGUGCCCCAGCUGGUGACUUCGCAUUGGACGAGAAGCUGUUGAAGCAGAACGAGAUCCCAUUGGUGCUACUAUCCUCCGGUGUCGGUGUCACCCCACUGCUAGCCAUGCUAGAGACCCAGAUCAACGCUAACCCUGAAAGACCAAUCUACUGGAUCCAAUCCUCGCACUCAGAGGAACACCAGGCUUUCCCCAAACAAGUGGCCGCUCUGCUAGCAAAGGCCAAGAACCCCAAGGUCUUCUACACACAUACAAACGUCAGCGAGCGCAUCAACCCAACGUUCUUGAAGACCAACGUCCCAAGCCACGCGGACGUCUACAUCUGCGGGUCCCUAGAGUUCAUGUCGUCCAUGAUCGAAAACUUGAAGACUUUGGAACACAAGGACGACACGAUCCACUACGAACCUUUCGGUCCAAAGAUGUCCACCGUCGACGUCGGCUUGAAGAAGUAA